AAAGUGGUUAUUGAUAGGAAGAGAGGGAUUUCUUUGCUUUACAGAAUUUUCUAUGAAUAUAAUAAGAAACCUUAUUUUGCAAGAGUAGUUUCGGAAGGUGGUGCUGCUGUACACCCUGGAGUGUGAAACUAUGCCCUGUAUGGGGAAGUGAAGUCAUAGCCAUGGUAAUAUGAUGCUGAAUUCCUUUUCUGUUUUACCUCUGGUGGGAAUCAGUAGUGACUUGUGUUGUUGCUUUCUGGUAAUCAGGCAGUGACCCAUAAACCCAUUCUGGGAGGUUUGUGGGACCAACAUAAGAACAGACAGAACAAGAUUAAUCAAAGGUCAUUAUUCCACCAGACUCUUUGGAGUCUGGGGAAGCCCCUUCUGUCCCAUUAACAUGGUGUUUCUCUCUCUAGGAGCAUCCAUCUGACACAUUUUUGUCAUUAUCAAAUUCACAACAAAAAUAAUUGUUGGUGAGGCAUGGCAGUGCUGCGGACAGGAGUUUCCCAGCACGCUGUGUCCAUCCCAGCAGGGCCAUGGCUGGGACACAGGGGCUGCCAGCAGGUGCCUUUCAGGAUGUAACCACCUGCUAUUGUUUCAUCCACCUUGUGGGUUCCACGUGAAAUCCAGGGAUGGAAAACUGAAAUUGUGUUUCUGCCCAUGGAGAAGGAAACGCUCUGCGGCUCCUGGAUGGUGAAACCUCAGGCAGAGGGAUCCCACUGAAACUCCCCAGCUGGGUGAGCCCAGAGCAGGGCUUUCUCCUGGGUCUGGUCCAGUGCUGAACGAACUUCAUUGCUCUGAAAGCUUCACUUUGAGAGGCGAAUGCAGAAACGAGAGCGAAAGCAGCGCUCGGGUUUGUGAGCCCGGCGCUCGGAAGCCCUCGGUGCGAUGCCAUCCUGCCACGUGCCCAGCCUGAGGCAUCUGUCCAAGUUCCCCGCUCUCCUCCUGCUGCUGGCUGAGCUCGCCUGCGGUGCCCAGCCCACCUACCAGUGGAAGGAUGCUGUGACGAACGAGAGGAUCACCUGCCGGCAGUGCCCGCCGGGGACCUACGUGGCACAACACUGCUCCAAGGACAAAGCCACCAAGUGCGACCCCUGCCCGGAUUUGCACUACACUCAGUACUGGAACUACCUGGAGAAGUGCCGCUACUGCAAUGUCAUCUGCGGGGAGAAGCAGGUGGAGGUGCAGCAGUGCAAUGCCACGCACAACCGCGCCUGCCAGUGCCAGCAGGGCUACUACUCCAACAUGGAGCUCUGCAUCAGGCACUCCGAGUGCCCGCCGGGCUCUGGUGUUGUGAAGCCGGGUACCCCCUUUGAGGACACCCAGUGCCAUGAGUGCCCCCACGGCUUCUUCUCCUCCAACUUCAGCACCGAUCCAUGCCAGCCACACCAGGACUGUGAGCAGCAGGGGAAGGUCACCAACGUGCAGGGCAACAAGUACCACGACACUCUCUGCAUGUCCUGCAGGCUGGGGGGAGGCAACAGCACACAGGGAUCAGCUGCAGAAGAUGAUGACUGCAAACAAGCCAUGAUAGACUUUGUGGUGUAUCAGAACAUCCCCGUCAAGAAGCUGAAGCGCCUGCAGCAGAUCCUGGAGCGCUCCCCGAAGAAGCAGGCAUCAUGGACCAGGGCAGCCAUCCAAGAGAAAUUCCGGGCUUUCCUCACUCACAAGAAGGAGGAGGACUCUGAAGUCACCAAGGAGCUGCUGGAUGCUCUGCGCAUGGUCAAGCUCCGCUCCAUUGAGGAGAAGGUCCGCAAGCGCUUCCAGCUGCCCUGAGAACAUGAACUGGACUUUUUGGGUGCUCUUUGUUUUGGUUUUUAUCUUCUGAGGCUUCAUUAAUUUAUUCAUCUUCCCAAACAUAACUUGAAAAGCA